AUGGUGAUUUCAUGGAUCGUCAACAAUGUCAGCAAGGAACUUGUAAGUGGAAUUCUUUUUUGCUCUAAUGCUUGUGUAGUAUGGAGAGACUUAAAGGAACGAUUUGACAAAGUCAACAUGUCUAGGAUAUAUCAUCUUCACAAAGCAAUUGCUACCUUAACUCAAGGUGUUUCCUCUGUUGCUGUGUAUUUUUCAAAAUUGAAAGACCUCUGGGAUGAAUUUGAUUCAAUUGUACCUCCUCCUUGUUGUGAAUGUCCAACAUCGAAGGAUUAUGCUGAUGGUCUGUUGAGACAACGACUUCUACAAUUUCUCAUGGGAUUGAAUGAUAAUUACAGCCAAGCUCGUAGCCAAAUUCUCAUGAUGAUACCUGUUCCUACUGUGAACCAAUGUUAUGCUAUGAUCAUUCAGGAUGAGAGUCAAAAGGUUUUGUAUGGUGAACAACCUGGUAAUAACACUAAUGAUCACACAGCCUUAUUGUCCAACAAAAUUGAAGGAACAGGGAAGCCUAGAGGAGGUGGUUAUACAGGUAACACAGGAAGUAGUUCUGGAGUUGGUAAUACAGGAGGAUCUGGAUAUUAUAAUGGAUAUUAUGGAGGAAAUAAUUCUGGAUCUGGUGGUUAUGGUGGUUUUGGAUCUGGUGGAGGAAUUGGUAGUGCAAGAGCAAGUAGCUCUAGGACUAGAAGGUUUACUCCUUAUUGCGAAAUUUGCAAUAUCAGAGGACAUACUAAGGAAGCCUGUUUUAAGACAAUGCAAUGCAGUCACUGCAGUAUGAGGGGUCAUACUAGGGACAAUUGCUAUAAACUCAUAGGUUACCCUGCUGAUUUCAAAGGGAAGAAGAAAAUAUCUGCUGCUAAUGUACAAAAUCAACACACUGGAGACAAUGAAGUCACUCCACACCCACAUCAUGUUCAACAACCUCAUUUCACCAUGGAACAAUACAAUCAGAUUCUGAGAUUGUUAAACAGACCUCAGUUGAAUGAGACUUCUGCAAAUGCAAACAUGACAGUUGCUAGAACAGGAAAGGUUCAAAUACCUACAGCUAAGUUGACAAAAGAGUUACAAUGUUGUGUUUCAUUUUUUCCUGAUUUCUUCAUUAUUCAGGACCUCUUCAAUGGGAAAGUGAAGGGGAUUGGUGAGGAACGAGAUGGUUUGUACAUACUGAACACCAAAAUUAAGGAGGAAUCUGCAAUAAUAAAGUCUUUGAAUGUAGCAGAAUGCAAGGAAACAGCUGAAUUGUGGCACAAGAGAAUGGGUCAUGCACCCAUGUCUGUGAUUAGGAGAUUAGACAUAGUAAAGAAUAAAUAA